AUGGCCAAUGGCAUUGAAGAUCUUAUCGGGAUCCCAUUCCCGAACCACAGCAGUGAAGUCUUAUGUGGUUUAAAUGAGCAGCGGCACGAUGGUCUCCUCUGCGAUGUCAUCCUCAUUGUACAAGACCAGGAGUACCGGACCCAUCGGUCCGUCCUUGCUGCCUGCAGCAAGUACUUCAAAAAACUCUUCACUACCGGCACUUUAACAGACCAGCCCUAUGUUUACGAGAUUGACUUUGUCAAGCCUGAAGCACUUUCUGCCAUCCUCGAGUUUGCCUACACCUCAACCCUCACCAUCACCACCUCAAAUGUCAAGCACAUCCUCAGCGCUGCCAAGAUGCUGGAGAUCCAGUGCAUUAUCAAUGUAUGCCUUGAAAUCAUGGAGCCUGACAGAGAGGCAGAAGAGGAGGAUGACAAAGAGGACGAAGAUGAUGACGAAGACGAAGAUGAAGAUGAGGAAGAAGAGGAGGAGGAGGAAGAAGUGGAAGAUUUUGUCAAUCAGGAGAACCUAACUGACGUCCAAGAAGUAAGCUGUCACCAAAGCCCUUCUAAGUCUGAUCUUACCGAAGAAGCAUAUACGGAAGCACCUAAAGACUUUCCAAAUCACUACCCGGCCAAUAACUCCUCUGGGCACUUGGGCGUGAUACGAGACUUCUCCAUCGAGUCCUUGCUAAGGGAAAACUUGUACCCUAAGGCAAACAUCCCAGAAAGGAGGCCAGCUCUCUCUCCUUUCACCCCGAGCUUCUUCCCCCAUCUAUGGAACGGUGAUUUUAGCUCCUUCUCCCAGCUCGAGGAGCCACAAGUAGACAACGGCCCCUUGGAUCUGGUGAUCAAAAAGAGGAAGAUCAAGGAAGAAGAGGAGAAGGAAGACCUGCCUCCACCUCCUUUCCCUAAUGACUUCUUCAAGGACAUGUUUACCAACACCCCAGCAGCUUCCUUAGGGCAUAUUAAGGCAGAGGCUGACUAUAGCGCUUAUCUCAAUUUCCUAAGUGCUACCCAGUUUGGAGGAGUUUUUCCCCCAUGGCCUCUGGAGGAAGAAAGGAAGAUAAAGCCCAAGGCGUCCCAGCAAUGUCCCAUCUGUAACAAGGUCAUCAUGGGAGCCGGCAAGCUGCCCAGGCACAUGAGGACCCACACAGGAGAGAAGCCGUAUAUGUGCAAUAUCUGUGAAGUCCGCUUUACCAGGCAGGACAAGCUCAAAAUCCACAUGCGGAAGCACACGGGGGAGCGGCCGUACCUGUGCAUCCACUGCAACCCACCGGUGGAGAAUAGCAUCAUGAUGCCACCGACGCUGGAGGAGAUGAGCAGCCACCUCGGCAGUGCGGCCAUGUGCCUUCCCGGCCCCAGCCCCAAGCACUUUUUGAGUGGGGCCAAGACCUCCUUCAGCCUGCAGGAGCUGGAGAGCCAGUUCGAAGAAACCCAGAUGAAGCUCUUCAGGCGAGCCCAGCUGGACAUGGAGAGGAAUGCGGGCAUCUUCGCCUUUGCCCUGGGCCAUAACGAAAACCUCGCUGCCCAACCUUUCUUCCCACUCCCUGAUCCUUGGAGCGCGGGGUUCAGCGGCUUGGCGGGGCUCGGCCACAUGGCUCCCAUCUCGGAGGCGAGCAAUUAA